ACAUGUGGCAACUUUUGAUGGGGAAAUAAGAACUUUGAAUGAGGUGCUGCGCAUGCGUCAAUUUGCGGUAAACAUUAUCCACCCAAUCUAAAAGGCGGCAACGUCAAGGAACGCAAAAUCAGCACAAGGACAGCGAAAUUCUACGAAAAAUCAAUAAUUACAUAGCUACCGAGACGGACAGCCGGAAGUGCAUAUUGUAUGCUAGUUAAAACAACUGCAGCACAGAAAAAGCAACUCCCUCUACUGUGGGUGUCUUCGAAAACAUGAAGAUUUUUGAGUAAAAGAAUAUUAUACAGAUAUAAAAUGGUCGGCAAGGGCGCGAUGAGCACGGAAGUGUCAACAAAGGAACGCCCUGUUUUCAUACCGCCACGUAAACGACAACAAAACAAAGCCGAGGCCAAAAAGCAAAACUAUGUGGAUCACAUUGUCAAUGUGCAGCAAAGCCGAGCCAAGCUCUCCCCCUCAAAUCCGGGCCUCGAAGAGGAGCUGCUCAAAUCGAAAUUGAUAAUCAAAAAUAAACAGCCACUGCCACAGCUGCCAGGGGAACCUGGCUGCGCCCAGGACACCAUCGCCAGCACCAACUCGGCCAGUUCCACACAGCAUAGUAAUAAGUCGGCACGUUCGGCCAACAAUCUGAAUGAGUUGCAGAACUUCGAGUCCAUUUCGCAGGGCACCAAGUCAACAUCACAGCGCCACGAGAGCAGCACGGUUACGCCCAGCAGCUGCUGCUACUCGGAGAGCAGCCUGGAUGCCAAGCUGAGCAAGUCGCAAGACUGCCUCAGUCUGAGCAAUCGCUCGUCCUCGAAGAAGCGCGUUAACAUACGCACCUCAGACUUGCCACAUGCGCGCAGCGGAGGCCGUGCCUCGCCAGACAUAGCCAACUAUGAGGAUCUGGAGUCGGGCGAAACAAGUGUGCUAAAUACUUAUGAUCAGAGCCUGGAGCGUUAUCAGGCCCGCAAGACGGUCGAUGGCAGCAACUAUUUGACCAUGACAGGCACUAUUAAAAGAGGUCGCAAGAAGGGUCAGUCGAUCGAUCUGCAGAUAAACAUCAGUCGCGAGGAACUGGAACAGCUCAAUGCCCACGCCAUGGCCAGCGAGUCGCACAAGGGGCACAAUCUCUGCUGCACCUGUAGCUGCGGUGUUGGACUUCACAUUUUUCUCAUCUCGCUGAUCUGCUUGCCAUUUGUGACGGUCGUCUCGGCCAUCUACUCUUUCUACAUUGGCACUUUGACCUGGUAUAAUAUGUUUAACUACUAUUGUGAGGAGAAGUCCUAUGUUCACAAGAUAUUCGUCACGCCCAUACUCUUUCUGGCCUAUCCACUUGCAAUUGUGCUCUGCACCUUUGGCCUGGGCUUGUACUCUGGCUUUCGGCAGCUGAGUCUGCAGUAUAGCAGCUGGGUGAAUGACAUAACCGAUAUAGAAAAGGGCUUCUACGGCUGGCUUUGCGGCUUCCUACACAUGCCCGACUGCAGCCCCUACGAGGUGGUUAUUUUAACCGACAUAUGCGUUGCGCCACAGGAUCCGCAGCGCUUGCACAUAAACAAACCCAGGCAGGAGUUGUCCAUGUAAGAAAAACAAGCCAGAAAACAACAAAAAAAAAAAGGAGACAACAAAAUUUAAUUAGCAAAAGCAACGCGAACCGUCGCAGCCAAUUAAAGUAGUGCUCGGGUGCAGCCAUAAAUUAAUUUGAAUUCCAUCUAGUAUGGGUUUAGCCCCCCUUCAACUUAUCUGGUAUUAUUUAUGAUUUUCAUAUGUGAACAACAAUAUAAUCCCAAGCACUACGGCGCAUCAUAUCGAAAUAUUUUUGUGACGGUUUCGAUUUUCGACCAUAUGUGUGAUAAACCCAAUUAGAAUCAUAAAACAAAACAAAUAUCUGCCAUGAGUACAGCCAGACUAAAGUUUCCUUUUGGCCAAAUUUGUUCCUUUCAUAGCCUUCAUAUUGAGUCUAGAUAUUAGGUUACUCUUCAUCUAUAUACUCAAAUAGCCGUUGAAUGUUUCAAACUAGCUGAUUAAUGCAAAUUCUUGUUUUUUUUUGAUUUUCUCUUCUAAUACUUAGCACAUGGCCAAAUUUUAAAACAACAGUUAAGAACACAUUAUAAAAAUAUACUCCAGCGAUAACGAUUGCAUUUAAUGAUUAUGCAUUUAUAUUAGAAAAGAAAAGUGUAACAGCGUAGUGGCUAUAAAGGCAAACUUUUUCUUAAUUAUAAGCAAACUUU